AUGGCGUCGUCUCACUGGAUCCCUGAAGACGAUUUCCGACUCAGAAAAUCCAUCGAGAAUGGAGCUUCUCUAGAGUCGUUAGCGAAAGGAGCUGUAAAAUUCUCUCGGAGAUUCACACUUUUGGAACUAACAGAUCGAUGGCGUUAUCUUCUCUACAAUCCUCAAGUCACAUCUCUCUCUUCAUCAGUCGGAUUCGAUCUCGAAUACUCGGAUCACUUCCUUCCACAACAACAUCACAAUCAUCAGCAAAGAACAAGAGUCAGAACUCAGUUUUACACGGCUCGUAAGAGAAUGCGUUUGGAGGAGCCUCCUCUGAAUGAUCAUGCCAUUGAUCUUGCGUUUGGAGAAAACGUGUUUGAUGGUUCUUCUACGUUCCUCGAUUUGCAGUUUGAUGAAGCAGACUUGGCAAUCAUUCAACAAUCUUUCCCAGAUAUUAUGAAUCAACUAGAUGGUGAUGAUGAUGGAAUAGUUGAUCAGUACUUCAACGAUGGACUGAUUCAAGACUGUGAUGAUGAUGUCACAGCCACGGCAGCAGAAAUAGAACAAGCUUUGCUUCAAGAUGAGUUUCAAGAACCAAACACAUCUCUCAAUGAGACAACAACAACAGCACCAGUGCCACAUUCUGAACAAGAAGAGACUCCGAUUGGUCCAGAGUCUUGUCAAGACUUGCCAAGGAAGGAAGAGGAACAUUGUCGUAAUGCAACGUCAUCAUUGUCUAAAUUAGAUCCACAUCCAGAAAUCAAGAACGGUGUUAUUAUAUGUGUUCUAAAUUGUGAAUCCGAUGAGAUUCCAAAUAAUGAUCAUCUCACUCCUCGUCAACUGAACAAUCCAAAACCUAGAAGCAACUCGAUGAAUCCCUCAUCAUCAUCAUCGAGGAAGCAUACGAAACCCCCUCUGCCUCCAACCAGAGGAUCAUCAUUCUCACAAGCCAGAGGUAAUAAUAACAUUAUCCACAGAGAUGGUCCUGUUACUACACAAGCAAGUUUUGCUGAGAAAGCGACAUCUAGUGCUGCAACAACUUCUGCAUCAUCACAACGACACUCUCCAGAGAAUGUGAUAUGUGAACAGCCAUUGAGAACGGAGAUGGACAUAGACGCUCCAAUGUUGGUAGAAGAAGAGAAUCAUAUUGAAAUCGAGAGUGAUGAAGAUUUGCCUUCCUAUUCAGAUGUUGAAGCUAUGGUUCUUGACAUGGACCUUGAACCGAUUUAUCAAGACCGGUACGAAUUGGAAGCUAGAAGAUAUCGAACCGAUGAGAUUGUGAGACAUAUAAUAAGAUUAGAGAAGAGUGCUGCGUCUUACAUGAAUCGCAACAUCGCUUCUCGUGGAGCUUUCGCGAUUCUAUACGGAACUUCCAAGCACUACAUUAAUAAACCAGAGGUGUUACUUGGAAGAGCGACAGGAGAAUAUCCAGUGGAUAUCGACUUAGGAAGGUCAGGGUCUGAGCUAAAAGUAUCACGACGACAGGCUCUAAUCACGUUGAAGCAUGACGGUAGUUUUGAAAUCAAGAAUCUUGGGAAGUUUUCAAUAUGGAUGAACGAGAAAGAGAUUAAACAUAAAGAAGUUGUUCAUCUCAAGAACAAUAGCUUAAUCCAGAUACGAGAGAUGUCGUUUAUAUUUGAGGUGAAUGAGAAAGAAGUCAAAAGAUAUUUAGGUGGAAUUAACAGAUAA